AUGCGACGUUUAAUGCUUCUCUCGUCUUUGCUGUUUCUUUCUGCAGUAUCGGCUUCCACUUGCUAUUGGCCGAGUGGGAAGGUCGCGGCUGAUAAUUGGCUACAAUGUCCCGGUAGCAAGCAGUGCUGUGCAGAGGGCGAGGCUUGUCUUUCGAAUGGUCUUUGUGUUGCUGGGAAGUAUAUGACUGUUUAUCGCGGAGCAUGUACGGAUAAGUCGUGGCCUAUAUCGGAGUGUCCUCGAGUUUGCUAUGAAGAAAUCACCGAUGGAUGGGCCAAUCUGUAUCCUUGUCCCAGCAACAAUAACGAGGUGUUCACCUGUGGAACUGGUGGCUGGGCCGAUCACGUCUGCGAACAACAACUGGGCAACUAUACCUGGGUCAGCAGUAAUGUGACGGUAGCCCAAUUGGGGGUCACCAGUUCAUCCACUGCAACUUCAUCUGCAACCACCUCGGCCUCCUCGAGGUCGAAAGAGACCACGACCUUCACUUCCAGUUGUACAGCUUCGCCCGCAGGAAACGAUGCCACUAUGAAGACGGGACUAGGGGUUGGACUCGGGCUCGGCAUACCCUUGCUCCUAGCAGCAGCUGGUAUGCUGUGGUUUUACGUACACACUCAGCGUCAAAUCCAAUCUCUGCGGCAGAAGUUGGAUGAGCAAGGCGCUGUACCUCUAGCUCCACGAGGACAAUAUGCCCGUCUUCCUCCCCAGGAACUAGAUACGGGAAAGCAACAUUGGCCAGAGAUUCAAUCGAAUUACCGUUCGGAAUUGAGUUAG